GGUUUGCUUUACCCCUAUGGUCAUGAGGAACUUGCUGUCUGUGAGGACGUUGAUCAGGUUUAUGCUGUUAUGGAAAAAUACCCUCCCUAUCAGUCUAUUUUUGCCAAGUUAUCAUAUGGAGAGAGUCAGAUGCCUGACAAGGCAUUCUAUGAGGAGGAGGCGAAGAGGCUUUGCUUGGUGUUUGAGCAACAGUUUCAGUAUGCUGUGUUCUUCGAGUAUAUGAGGUUAGGGAAACAGGAGAUCAGGAACCUAAUGUGGAUUUCAGAAUGUGUGGCUCAGAAUCAGAAGUCCAGAGUUCAUGACAGUGUUGUCUUCAUAUUUUAGUUGGACUACUCAUUUUUAUACUCAUUAUGUUGGUUUGGACAAAUUGUUUGUACACUCUCUGAUUUCUGGAGUCAGAGUUGCCU